AUGGUAGUCAAUGGCCGAACCGGUCUAUCAGCCGCCGCAAAACGAAAUUUGAAGUCACCUAAGAAUGGAUAUGCUGUGGAUCAAGAGAUUGAGAUGACAUCCCGUAUCUCCAAAUUGACGCAUCAACGGAUUCGAAACUUCCUCGAUGACGAGUGGAUGCCGACUGUCGAUAAUAUCACAGACGAAUACAUCAUCAUAUCACCUCUAUUGAAUGCAACAUUCCGCUCCUUAUACACCUCAAACGUGUCGCACGUGGGCCGGUCUAUAUUCUUCAGUCAGCUUUUGGAAGGGAUUGCGUUCCUCCAUGGGCAUGGUAUAUGCCACAGGGACGUGAAACCAGACAAUAUCCUGGUGAAAAGCUAUGACCCGCCCGAGGCCAUGUUGACCGAUUUUGGUUGUGCGUCGGACAAGACCCGGAUUCCAUAUGAUAGUCCAGGUACUAUACCAUAUCUUGCCCCGGAACAGGUUGAGGGACAAACGCACGGUCGAGCCGUUGAUUACUGGAGCUGUGGGAUGGUUGGAUUGGAGCUCGUUCGAGGCCAAGUAGUUGGCUCGAGGAUUCUACGUGGUCACAAUCUCACUCGCCACCAGGAUUUUCUGCGGGAUUCGGAUUCGCCGCUGAAUAUGUGUGCUUUGGCUAUGUUGCAGGUGGAUCCAGAUUCUCGGAUGACGGCCGCUGAAGCCUUGCCCUAUUUUCGAGGUUUAGAAGAAAGUAGGCCACCGCGGCCGAUGCGAAACGAUAGCCCGGCUUGA